AUGAAGGUGUGUGAGCACAAGAAAUGCAGCCAACAGUGUUCUAAACAAACACAAUGGGGCGUGGGGAAGUGCAAAGGCGCAAGCUACUGCAGCUGCUCUUAUUAUUGCAACCAGCCCCCAGUUUCACCUUUCACUUCUCCACCCACAGCAGAACACAUUACGGCUCCCCCAAGAAAACUGCUUUCGCAUUAG